CUGAAAAGAGAACGAAAAAGUUAUCCUUGAGGUUUUUGAGCAUUAAAGAGUAUAUUAAUGCAUACUUUGUAACAGUACAAGUCUGAAUUCUCCGGUGGUGUUGUAAACUGAAACUGAGUUAUCAUGCUGGAGGUUCCAGAAGCCUUUGAAGAUGUGGCCGUUGCUUUCUCUAAAGAGGAAUGGAUGGUGUUAAGCCAAGAAGAGAAGAGACUCCACAGAGAAGUGAUGGUACAGAAUUAUGAAACUAUGCUGUCAGUAGGUUACAAUAUCCCACUGGAAGAACUGUUGCUGUUAGUGAUGUUUGAAAGGGAUGAUGGUGUCCCAUUUAAUGAUGUUAGCAUGGAACAGACUGAGCAGCAGGACAAGCAUCCUGCAAUCACACCUGCAGUUACCAAGACAGUGAACUCCAAAGGGAGAUGCGUUAAAUAUUUGACGUGUGGAAAAUGCUAUCUUAAUCACAGACGAGAUAUGUUAUAUCAGCAUCCACAGUGUCAGAAGACAUUUCAUGUCCUGCAUUCUGUUUUUGUCAAACGUAUGACUCAUGAAGAAAAGGAAUGUAAUAAUACUGAACAGUUGAAGAACACAUCAGAAUUAAACAUUGACCAUUGUCCAGGAAGUUUUUUUAAUGAGCAGUGCAUCAUUAUAGGAGAGCAAAACUUCAAAGUGAAUAAGCAAAAUCAACAUGCUGACUCCGUCCAGAACUUUUCGGAUCAGAGCAGAAUCAUGUUACAUCAAACAACCUUUAUGGGGAACAAACAGAUCAGUUGUGGUGAACAUGUUCAGAAUUUUUCACAGCAGGAUAACACCAGACACUGUGUUCACAUUCACUCAGAAGGACAUAGAAACAACUGCCAUGAAUGUGGUAAAAACUACACAUCAGAUAGUGGCUUUGUAACUCAGCAACAGAGCAAUAAGGAGGAAAAGCCAUUUAUAUGUCCUGAGUGUGGCAUGAAUUUGAAAUCAGACAGUGAACUGUUGAUUCAUCAACAGACUCACACAGGAUGCAAACGAUUUAUAUGCUGUGAGUGCGGCACAAGUUUUUCACGGUAUACUGCCUUCACUGCACAUCAGCAAAUGCAGACCUCUUGCAGAGUUUAUAUAUGCAAUGAAUGUGAUAAGAGUUUUGCUUCAGAAAGUGAACUUGGACUACACGAGCAAAUCCAUGCAGAGAGGCAAUUUUGCUGUGAAGAGUGUGGCAAGACCUUUGUGCAGCAAAAAAACUUUAGAGCUCAUCAACAGAUACACAUAGGUUAAAACUUCCUCAUAUAACAUAAAAUUGACAUUUGGAAUGUCUGAAUGUAGAGAUGAUAAAAUCAGCAAGCAAAGGAGAGUAUUAUUGCUGUAAUUGAAUUCAUCCUCAGGUC